GCGACGGGACAAGCAGGAAGUAGUUAGCGCGAGUUCACAGCAGCGGCCGGAUGUUCGGUGUGAAGACAGGAACAACAAAGAAGGGAGGAGAGCGCCCGGGUUUUAAACCGACUUCGAAACUCACAUCGAGGGAAUCGAUUUACUGAGUGCGUUGAGGCCAAAAGAAUUCUGGCCUGCAUGUGAGGACGAGCGUGCGCCGAGGCAACGAUGGUGAACAAUAUUGAAAUGGAUGUCGAAAGCAAUAUGGAACAGCAGGUCUCCGGCGCGGCCCCUGAACCCGCCCAGCAGCCACAGGAGGCCGCGGUGAUCCGAGCCCGGUCCAGGGGAAGUUCUGGAGCCGAAGGAGGAGGAGAUGGAGGAGUCGGCGGCAACGGCAGCGGGCCGGAGCAGAACGGGCAGCCGCCCACCGCUCGACCGCCGCACGUGGUGGAAACCGACGAGGACGAGGAUGAGGAACUGACCCUGAAAUACGGGGCCAAGCACGUCAUCAUGCUGUUCGUCCCCGUCACCCUCUGCAUGGUGGUCGUCGUGGCAACCAUCAAGUCCGUCAGCUUCUACACGCAGAACGACGGCCAGAGACUGAUCUACACGCCGUUCCCCGAGGACACGGACACGGUGGGGCAGAGGGCCCUGAACUCCAUCCUGAACGCCACCAUCAUGAUCACCGUCAUCAUCGUCAUGACGCUGGUGCUGGUGCUGUUGUAUAAGUACCGCUGCUACAGGGUGAUCCAAGGCUGGCUCUUCCUCUCCUCUCUUCUCCUGCUCUUCUUCUUCUCCUACAUCUACCUCAAGGAGGUUUUCAAAACCUACAACGUGGCCAUAGACUACUUCACCCUGGCGAUCAUGAUCUGGAACUUCGGCGUGGUGGGCAUGAUGUGCAUCCACUGGAAGGGACCUCUGAGGCUUCAGCAGGCCUACCUCAUCAUGAUCAGCGCCCUCAUGGCCCUGGUUUUCAUCAAGUACCUGCCAGAGUGGACCGCCUGGCUCAUAUUAGCCGUCAUCUCUGUCUAUGACCUGUUAGCGGUGCUCUGUCCCAAAGGGCCUCUGAGGAUCCUGGUGGAGACGGCCCAGGAGAGGAACGAGCCCAUCUUCCCAGCGCUCAUCUAUUCCUCUACGAUGGUGUGGCUCGUCAACAUGGCCGACACCGACAGGCCGAAGAGGAACUCGACAGAAGUGCCACAGCAGGAGCCUCAAGAGGCUGUGGCGUCUCCCGCCCCCUCCGGUAUGUUGCAGGACGACGGCGGCUUCACCCCCUCCUGGGUCAACCAGCAGGAGCACCAGCUGGGAACGCUCCAGACCACCGAAGACACCCGGCGCGAGAUCCAGCAGCUGCCGUCUGACCGCCCCCCCGUCGAUGACGACGACGACGAGGAGAGGGGCGUCAAGCUCGGCCUGGGAGACUUCAUCUUCUACAGCAUGCUGGUGGGAAAGGCCUCAGCCGCGGCCAGCGGCGACUGGAACACCACGCUCGCCUGCUUCGUGGCCAUCCUCAUCGGCCUGUGUCUGACCCUGCUCCUCCUCGCCAUCUUCAAGAAGGCGCUGCCCGCUCUGCCCAUCUCCAUCUUCUUCGGCCUCGUGUUCUACUUCGCCACCGACAACCUGGUGCGGCCCUUCAUGGACAAGCUGGCGCUACACCAGUUCUACAUUUAGCAGGACCGCCGCCGCCCUGGUUAGCCCCUCACACCUACACGACGCACUCAGGCCAACAACACGAGAGCGUCGUUCCCCUUCGCAGCCGAGGAACAAAGGAUGAUGACGCAGGGAAGAACUCACAAUGGCGGGACACAGAAGUUGUUUUUGUUCUGCCUUUUUUCUUUCCGGCUUUAACGGGAGGGUAUUUCCCCCACAACAGCCGUUCUUAGAUCUUUUAUUUUUUGCGUUUUAAAACCAAGAAGUGACGUUUGUGGCUCGACGUCGGGACCUCGGCCUUCGAAUAGUCUGUCGAUCACCAGUCCAAGAAUAUUUUACCUUUUAUUUAUCCAGGGAAGCUUCUCGAGAACUUCAUUUUUCAGCAUCGCUCCAGCUGUCACAUCCACACACACACACACACACACACACACACACACACACACACACACACACACACACACACACACACACAUAUCCGCCAACAACCCCAGUCUCCAACAGUCGGUGCCUUGCCCAUGGACACCUUGGCUGGUAGCUGUUGAGCACAGGGAGACGGUCUGAUUGAUGCUUCCCCCUCAAAGACUCGAAUCAAACAUCCUUCCCUUCACAAAUCCAUUGUCCCCGAGCUUCAUCGAAAACAAAACGGACACUCAGCGUUGAUAGUGAUAAUAGAAUUGAUUGGUGAUCGUGUCGUUUGAUUGUGUAACGAGCUGUCAGACACCAGAGCGUGCUUUUCCUCACCGCUGUAAAGAAUGGUUAAGACCCUCUCUCUUUUUUCUUUUUACCCACUUAAGUCACACACACACACACACACACACACACAUAUCAAAUAAAAACAAAGCUCUGAUUCCGGAGCAACUUCACACCCAGAAAGAUUUGCACUGAACUGGAUGUUUUUGAACACGAGAAUCUUCGACAUGUGGUACAAGUGGUAAAAGAAAAAAAAAGUGUAUAUCAAGAAUUUGAGUGUGUUUUUGUGACGCCGUGUUCUCUCACCUUGAAUUGACCUUGAAUCACAUUUUGAAUCCACCGCCUGCAGAGGUAGUAACGUUCACACACACACACUCACACACUCACACCUGAGACUCGCCUGCCGUGUCUACCGCCGGCCACUGAGCGGUUCUGCUGGAGCAGUCGGAGGUUCAGUGCCUUGCUCGAGGGCGAUUGAGUCGUCGUAGUCGUCGUUGUUGUUGUUGUGGGACAGAAAUGUGCUUUUCAUACUCGACCCUGACUGAGAUGUAAUAUGUUUUUCUUUUUUUCUUUUUGUUUUUGUAAUAAUAAUGUCCAGGGAUUGUUACCUGUUGUCGCCAGGUCACAAACUCUGAACCUUGAGGCUUCAGCGGCCGCCGCGACGCUCGCCUGGUGCUGUCUUGAACUAUGCUACAUCCAAUACGUAAACUUAUUUCGUCUACACACGGAUAUUAUUGUGUGUUUUUUCAAAAUAUGCAGAAGAGACACUUUGUACUUUUCCAAACAUGGGGUGGGGGGGGGGGGGGGGGGGGGGGAUCAGGGCUCCUAUGAAGAUCAGGAAAAUCUGGGAAAAUGUGACGAAAUAAGAAAUAAAGUUCAGGUGUCGAGGGAAAAUGUCGGUCAAUAAGGGAGUUGUAGAUUUAGUUACAUUUUUUGGAAAAAAUAUUCCAAUCAUCGUGAGCCUAAUUGAUUAUUUUUAAUCAAGUUCAAAAAACUCAAAGGUUAAAUCAAAGUAAGAAACAUUGAGACGUGUGUGAACCCAACAACCUGAGAUAAAGACUGAGGCUGCUCUCCGAGUUUCCUGCUUUGCAGAGUAAAAGACACCGAGACGGAACAAAACAAUAAUAUUUGUUCUGAGACUGUUUCGUUUCUUCCCCUUCUGUUUGCGGGGGGGGCAAAUAUGUCGGGUGACUGCCUUUUUUUUUCUUUCUUUUUUCUGUCCUCCACAUGCAUAUGUGUUAUGCAAGGUUCUUCAAUUCAGAUUUUGUUCCUCUUUCUUUUGUCUUUUUUUAAAUAAACCGAUGAAACUGAAAA